ACUCGAUUAAUAAGGAAUAUGAUAAUACAAACAUUUGAUAUUGCUUCCAUGACGAAACGAAUUUCUCUAAAUCACAUCGUUAAUUUCUCUAUAUCGAACAUAUUUUUUUCUGUAAUAUUUAGUAAUAUGGAUGGUAGUUGUUUUGAAUAACAUCAACGAUGCUCUACUUACAUAUUGCUCUGUCUUUCAUUCURUUUUUACAUCUUGUCGAAGGGAACAUCAUUUUUGAUAACAAUAWCGCACUUCAAUCAGCCUCGAAAGAAGAAGAAUUGCCUGUUGGUACAUUCAUCAUUCAAGCCUUAACAAACAAGCAAGUGGACAGUUUUGACAUAUCAGGAACUGCUGCCACCUAUUUUGCAAUCAACAACACAGGWCAUAUAUCAAUCAAGCAGAGAAUUGAUCGAGAGGCUCUGAUUUCUGAGAGAAUAACUGGCACUAUAACAGCUAAAAUCAACACACCUCCAACAACGGRAGUCACUCAAUUUGCAUGUGUAAUAACUGACAUCAACGAUAAUGUACCAUCAUUCCCAAAAAGGCUCUACGAAGUUUCAACCAGUGAGGCUACAUCGGUUGGUGUUGUGAUAUUUUCCCAAAGUGCAGUUGAUGGCGAUGCUACUUCCAAUUCGAAUCUGCUGUACAGCAUAGUCAGCGGCAAUGAUGGUGGAAAAUUCGCAAUUGAUGGCACUGGUAAAGUAAGCAUCUCAUCGAAGCUKGAUUAUGAACAACAAAUAGAAUACACACUCAACAUAACCGUACGGGAUCWGCCAGGUCUGAGUAACUGGACUAUUUUAGUUGUUAAUAUUGCUGAUCAAGAUGACUUGCCUGCAAAGUUUACAGCAUUCAAUUAUUUUGGUUCAUUGGCAGAAGAUGCCACACUGGGAACGCCAAUCCUCCAGGUUAAGGCGAAUGAUCUUGAUAAAGGCAUCAACAGUUCAGUAAACUAUACAAUUGACCAAGAUUCCAAUCCUUCUUGGUUGUUUGCUGUGAAUAGAUCGACUGGUCAAAUUACCCUAAAUGGAACGCUGAACAGAGAGGAAAAGAACGAGUACACCUUUCUUGUUUUGGCUACUUCGUCUUUCMCAUUUUCCGACCAUGCUACUGUCACUAUCCAAGUAACUGAUGUCAAUGACAAUAAACCAGUUUUUACACAAUCUAAUUACAACGUCACCGUCAAUGAGAAUAUGAACCCAGGUGCACUGGUAGUGCAGUUAAAAGCCACAGAUGUUGACCAGCCUCUUAGUGGCGAGGAGACUAAAUUUCCCGGUUUUCGCAAACAAGAAAAUUGUCAAUCCCUUGCUUUUCUUCAGGUAACAGCCACAGAUGAAAAAAACGUUUCCCUCARAUCAACGGCAAAUGUGACAAUAACCAUUGAUGACGUCAAUGAUAACAAGCCGCAGUGCACUCAAGAUCGAUACAUCUACAAUGUGACGGAAAAUGCUACAAUUGGGACAGUCGUCGCCAGAUUAAACUGCACUGAUUUGGAUUCCGGUGAAAAUUCUCGUUUGUUGUUUCGAGUGACGAAUGGGGCAGAGGGGAAAUUUAAAAUAAACUCAACAAGUGGAUUAAUCACUACCACCGGUGAGUUGGACUAUGAAACCACAGUGUCAUACACCAUUAGAAUAGAAGUAAAGGAUCACGGACAACCACAGCUUAUCAGAGAGAUAUUGGUUGAUGUCAAAGUUAUCAACAUCAAUGACAAUUUCCCACAGUUCACAAGACAGAUGUACGAAUUCUUCCUUCCUGAGGGAGAUUAUUCGCUACACGAAUUCCUUGUUGGAAGAACUGCUGCAUCUGAUAAGGACGCUGGUACGUCUAGCUGUUCUUCAAGUGGACAAAUUCGUUACAAAAUCGUAAAUGAAACAGGCGUUUUCUCCAUAAAUCCCAUUACUGGCUAUCUUAGUACGUCAUCUGCCUUUGACAGAGAAUCUAAAUCAAAUUACACAAUAAUUGUUGAGGCUUCUGACAUGGAUUCCUUGGCCUCUCUGUCAAAUACGUCUGAAGUUGUUGUUUACGUUACCGAUGUGAAUGAUAACUCGCCUGUCUUCAGUCAGUCUCAAUACAGUGUAAAUAUAUCGGAGGCAGAAACUUCAGGCUUCAAUGCUAUCAAGGUCGACGCAAGUGAUAAAGACAUAGGUGAAAAUUCCAAUAUAACGUUUUCCAUAUUUUCUGGUAAUACUGGUGGAGCAUUCCUUAUCGAURGGCAGACAGGUCAAAUCCAGGUUGCUGGGAAACUGGACCGAGAAACACAGAACAGAUAUGAAUUAAUCGUCGAUGCAACUGAUGGUGGUAAGUCUGAACGUGCAUCUACAGUACUGGUACUAAUAAAUAUUAUUGAUGCUGAUGACCAUGAUCCAGUCUGCACGCAAAUCGUUGAGCCCGUGAAGAUCAARGAAAACUUGGCUCCAGGGCAAAURAUUGCAAAGGUGUCAAUAACUGACAAGGACAAAGACAUCAAGCAAAGCUUCAUGUWCCGUCUACAAAGUGAUGACUUUGCUGUUGAUCCAAACACUGGUGUUGUAAACACAACCAGAUCAUUAAACAGAGAACUGCGAUCUGAAUAUGAGUUACUAGUUGAGGGUUAUUACUUAAACCAAAGCUCCAAAACUGUGAACUGCUCAGUGCGCGUUCUUGUUGAAGAUGAAAACGAUAACUCGCCAGUGUUCAACUUAACCAGUCCCUCUCUGUUAAGUAUCAUGGAGAAUACUACAGUUGGUACAACGUUGCUAACAGUUACCGCAACAGAUGAUGACGUAAGCUAUAACGCUGACGUGAGAUAUUCAAUAAUUGGAGAUGGUACUACAUUCGCCAUUAAUGCAACAACAGGAACACUUACACUGAUUGGUAGCUUAGACCGAGAAAAGACGCCACAAUACACUAUCGAGAUAUUCGCGACUGACCGAGGUCUUCCCCAGUCCCGCUCAUCCAGCUUAACUGUUACAAUAAACAUCACCGAUGUUAACGAUAACAGGCCGUUGUUCAGUCGAGACGUCUACACUGUUGAAAUCUCUGAGAAUGCUAACAAUACCAGAGUACUGGAUGUUGAAGCUCAAGACAAGGAUGAAAUGAUGAAUGGCGCUGUGCAGUACAGUAUAACAGCUGGAAAUACUGGAAACUUCUUCAUGAUCUUAACBAAUGGAUCGAUCUUCACAGCUGCUCCACUGGACAGAGAAACUCAAAAUCGAUAUGAGCUUACAAUAACAGCAUCAGAUAUGGGGGAGCCUGCUUUAAAUUCUAACGGCAAACACAACACUACAUCAAAUAUCAUUAUAACUGUACAAGAUAUCAACGAUAAUCCACCAGUGUUCAACAUGACAGGACAGAUUACCAACAUAACUCUUGAAGAGAAUACUCCUGGUGGGACGCGAGUGCUUAUAGUAAACGCCAAUGACAAAGAUGAAGGGACAAAUGCAAAGAUAUCGUACUCUCUACAAGGAAUUCAAGAUAUCCCAUUUCAUAUUAACUCGAGUUCUGGUGUCAUCACGGUCAACGGUUCUCUGGACAGAGAAAAAGUCUCUUUGUAUGAAAUAACUGCAAAGGCGUAUAAUCAAGAUAUUCCCAGUCUUUUCUCAACUGCCUUGGUAUCUAUCACCAUAACAGACAUCAAUGAUAAUGAACCAUCCUUCAAUCAAUCAAAAUAUUACGUGACAUUACCUGAAAACAUCCCAGGAGGUCACAUGGUCAUUGACCUUAGUGCGAGCGAUGCUGAUGAAGGUAGAAAUGCAGAUAUACAAUAUGCACUCGUCGCUGGAGGGAUGGGAAAGUUUAUGAUUUCAGAUUUAACAGGUGUCAUAAGAACARCGUGUAGUCUUGACUACGAGACGUACAGAUCAUUCACACUCAAUAUCUCUGCGACUGACCGAGGGUCUCCUCCUUUGCAAAGCUUUGUGGGAUUAAUUAUUAAUGUGACAGACUACAAUGACCACGCCCCUGUCUUUAAUAAAACCACCACAGCUGCCUACGUUACAGAGAAUACGCCUAUUAACAGUAGUGUAAUGGUGGUGCAAGCCAYGGAUGCCGACAGURGAGAAAAUGGGAAGAUAACAUAUUCAUUGGAAGAUGAUGUUAAUGGCAAUUUUGGCAUCAAUACUGAAACUGGUGAAAUAGUGAACUUAAGGCUUUUAGACUACGAAAAUARAACAUCCUACAAAUURCAUGUCAGAGCYUCYGAUGGAGGAACAAACCAGCUAUCGUCCACACACGAGGUGACGGUCUUYGUUCGUGAUAUCAACGAUAACGCUCCACAGAUUGAUCCGUAUUUCAAUUUUGAAGUUGACGAAAACGCUGUUCCUGGAAUGUUAAUUGGUUCUCUCAACGCAAGCGAUCUUGACAGCGGUGAGAAUAGCAGGCUCAAAUACACCUUGAACAACAGAAAUGAURUUUUCAGUGUUCAUGAAGACAAUGGUGCUUUGUUGUUGGUUCGCUCAGUUCUAAGUUUAACAAAUCAAAACAUUUCAUUGUCAAUCACGUGUCAAGAUGGUGGCAAUAUUCCGCUGACCGCUAAUACUACAGUCUAUGUUUAUAUUAGUCCUGGUAGCAGAUAUAAAACACACCUUGUACCCCGUCAUACAAAUAUAAGCAUUUAUGAGAAUGCAACACAAGGACAGCUCGUUACCAUUCUUAAYGCGUCCAGACUACACACAGUAAGGUAUAUUCGAAUCGAUGAGGAUCAUGGGAUAUUCAAAUUAAAUUCCACAACUGGAGAAAUAAUCCUCGUCGGUAGUUUAAACAGAGAAAAGAAAGAUUUUUACCAGCUAUUUGUAGGAGUAAGAGAUAUUACUGAGCGUCUUAUCUCAGGCUACGGUACCGUGACAGUCGCAGUUCUGGACGUUAAUGACAAUGCACCAACUUUUCUUCAGAAACCUUUAAUUCCAUCUAUUCCUGAGAAUUCUCCUAAUGGAACUGUUGUUACUCGAAUCCAGGCCACUGACCUAGAUGAGGGUGUCAAUCAACAGGUGUUUUUUUACAUCGAAGGUUCAUCUUCAAGACUAUUUAGCAUCGACAACCAUACGGGAGUCGUAACAACUAUCGGGGAUUUGGACUUUGAAACCAACCCAAGCUAUAACAUCACAGUCAUUGCUGAAAACACCCUAUCAACAAUACGUCUGCGCAGUAAGUUGUCUUUCCUUCUACCGGUAAAAGAUGUGCUGGAUUUCAUGCCAAGAUUCGCAAAAAACGUUUACAACGCAAGUUUUCAAGAAGACAUUUCACCAGGUUCAGCUGUUAUAGACCUGAAUGCAACCAUAAAUGAUAAGAACUCCAACUUCAUAGCUUAUCGCAUUCUUCACAAUCGUAGUAGCCGCAAUUCAUAUGAUUUCACAAUCGAGCCAGAGACAGGGGAACUAACAACACAGACAAACCUGGACAGAGAGACGACAAACAACUAUUCGUUGGUUAUUGAAGCACGUGACCUACGAGAACCAAAGACAUUCCUGGCAACAACUACAGUUAUAGUGACRUUGAUCGAUGUGAAUGACAACAUCCCCUCUUUCGCUGGCAACAAAUCUUAUUCAACCACUCUUGCGGUCAUGCAUCUCACAAAUAUCCAGGCUAGAACGGUACUCAGUACAGACGAGGGAGAAAGGUUGUUGUCAAGUAARUCAAAAGAGCUGAACAGUCGCUACGGUGAAUGGAAAAUUAACGUAUAUUCCCCAACGAGCACGUCUCCCGUAGUGAGGUCUUCAUAUUUUAGUGCUUACAUUGGUGCUAUGAUAGCCUUUGCUGUUCUUAUUGGGAUCGUUGGGCUGUGCGCUAUACUAGUUGUCUGUAGGUAUAAAUAUAGAGAAAAGUACAUUCAAGUAUAUGAACCCGACGAAAAAGACGUCAGKGAUGGAACUGAGAUACCAGAUUGGACAGCAAUUGAUUAUCCUCAAAUUGGAGCGUACAUCGAAUCUCGUGCCGACAACCCGCGCUUGAAAACCAGUCGUAAAAGUCAAAGCUACAAACCAACKAUAUUGGUAACUGAAGAGGAAGCAGAGAGUGUAAACGAAUCAAACGAUGGUCCACUGUUGUCAGACAAACACACAGUAACAUCAGUUUUGAGUUCUCGCUACGGCGAUGAUAACAUCUCAAAUGAGCAACAAUCUACCACAAGCCCACAAGAAAGAAACGGAAGAGACAAUCCCGCCCUGCAAAUCGAAACAAAUCAAGAUGAAGCUUCAAAGCAACAAUCAAUUUUGGWAAAYCCUUUCUCUARGGGGAAAUUUUCACCUKGGAAUAAAAUAAGUAACUCUCAAGAGAAAGAGGAGUCCAUCUUACCAAAGACUAUGUUUUCACCUAAGAGCUACUCUCCAAGAGACCACGAAAACAAGGUUUUAGACGAAAACCCYGGCGAAUCGAUGUCUUAUAAUGUUUCCGACGGGGAAAGAGGUAUAAAAAACCCUUCAGGUAAGCGUACAAGAGUACGGUUCGACUUAGAAACAAGUACAGGCGACGAACUGGAGUGGGAACGACAGGUAUCGAAUACAAUGCCUGACUUGGUGCACUCAACCAACGCCAGCAACUAUGAUAUGAUGUAUGGACGAAAGAAUGAGAGCAGGACCGAAUUUUCACCAGUUUCCAGUGUGAGUGACGGAGAUCUUCACUCCAUGUACGUAUCUGGUUGCUAGUUUUUAGACUAUUAAUAAAUUGUGCACGGUUUGUAUCUCCUUUUAUUGACAUACUCUUGAUGUCAUAAAAUGAUCAAAACUUUGAAGUGAGUCCACCGCUGCUUUCAUGAUAGGCCCAGUCAUAACCAGCCUCCUUUUUCUUUGAUAAUAAA